GUCUUUCAUUAUCACUGUGGCUGCUUAGAGACUGUACCACUGGGGCCUCUACGUUCUAUAUAAAGUAAUAUAGUAUUUGAAAACAACUCCGACGUUCACACAAGUCAAGUCUUAUAAUUAGUUAUCAAAAUGGCGCCCAGGUUUGACGUCAAGAACUUGUACUUCCUGUGUCUAUUUAUAGGAGCAUCAUUGGCUGCCAGCUACAAUGAAACCCUGUGUUGUCGAUACAUUCACGAAAGCGACUACGACGCUUUCUAUGAUUUCAAGAAAAGAUUCUCAAAACACGAUCCACAAAUUAAAAUGUUUCACAGUUUUACAGGCUCUGGAUGCAGCAUGAGAGGUGUUUUCAAAUUGGAAUUCGGUCGAGGGGACAGACUUCUUAUUGAUAUGAUUUUUGAGGAUCCACAAGGCUGGGUCUACAACUUGGGAGACUCGAGCACUAACAAUGGAUAUGGAGGGGAUGCUGGGACACAGAGCAAUGACGCGGAAAUGCAGCUCUACGGCACGCUUUCCGGUUACUAUAGCGACGUGAAAGGAAGUCAGCUGGCAUUUGGCAUGGCGAACAACAACAAUGUCAGGGCGACCUUGCUGGCGGGUGACCACUGCGUGACCUGGUAUAACGAGUGCGACCCUACAUCACUCAACUACUUCUGCAGCAAAGGUUGGUUCGCCCUGAACGACGACCACGACUCAGAGGGCCCAGUGAACAACGACCUAUACCUCGGCGUCAACCGAGCCAUCGGGGCGCCAGAACUUGUUGGGAAGGGCGUAUGCAAAAUAGGUUUUAAAUGGAUUAGGGGAUCAAACACGUAUUAAUACUAGAGGGAAAGUUUAGAUCACGUGAAACAUAUCGAUUUUAUUGUGUCAAAUUUCAAGUCAUUUUUAACCCUAUGAAGUCAUUUUUAACCCUAUCCUUCAAAGAUCAAACA